AUGCAUGCAGCCAUCGCGCCCGGUGAACUUGCGAGCAUUCUGGGCAAGCUGAAUGCGACGAUUCAGCUGUCCGAAGAGUACAAAAACCGAACCGAGGAACUGAUCAAUCAGAUCUUGGAGCAGCAGACGGGGUGGCAGGCACAGCAUGAGUCCAUUCUUGAGCAAUAUGCGGCCUUGCAAGAAUGGACGAAGGAUCGUGCGCAGCUGGAGGGGCCGGCUGCGGCUCUCCCAUCGAUCCCGCUUCAGAGAUCUUGCCCCAGUGCUUCUUCAGCUUCAGCACCAAGACCUGCAGGCUCGGAGCAGAUCGGUUUAGAUGGUCCCCGUCGGGUAUGGGACCGUGAUUUCGGGCAUGCCGAUUUCGAGGACUCCGAUUUCGAGGACUAUGAUCCUCCUGCAAUUGAAAUCGAGAUUUCACAGCGGGUCAUUGAUGAAUCGGUGGAGCUCUCAGAGGAUGAUGACGAUGUCAUGCUGGUGGCAGAUACCCUCAAUGACAUUGAAACGGUGGAAGAUGCGGCCAUGCCGGAGCCGUAUACACAGCCUGCUGCAGACACUCAGGCUUCACAAGAGCGCCUGCUGCAGCCUGACAAGCGCAGGAGCUACGGCAGGCGAUGUGCACGGUACCAGCUCUCCGAGAUGUGGCAGCGAAGUUCUGAGUUUGACUCCGCAGCUUUCUGCUCUGAGUCUGGCAUGAGCACUGACGAGUUGCGACUACAGCUUCUGGCCGACCUCGAAAGAAUCCCCGACAAAGAGUGGGAGAACCCGUCGAGAAAGAACGUCAGACCCACUGGACAAGCAAAGUGUUUGCAAAAAACGCUGGGCCUCGUCGUGGGUGCGCAUUGGCGUGGAAUACCUAUGCCAACUACUGACACGUUCAAGUUUCGCAAGCUGACCGGGAACAUCCUGAACUACGCGAGAAAGCUCGGAGUUGGGGAAGCUACAUCCAUUCAAGUCACUAAGAACCUGUGCUCAAAGCCGCACACCGAUAAGAACAACAAGGGCCCAAGCUGGAUCUUUGGUCUUGGAGAUUGGACUGAAGGCGGCGAGACCUUCGUUCAAGAUGACAGUGGGACUGAGGAGUACGAGUUGCAGGAAGACAUACCCCACAUCGGGGAGAAAAAAGGCAAGGUCUUGCGCGGAUUCAAAAAAGACAUCCACACUCUCCAGCAGUUUGAUGGCACCAAAAUCCACUGCACUGUCCCAUUCGAAGGCACUCGCUAUGCCAUUAUACUGUAUGCCAUCAACAACAGGUCCUAUCACAAGACGCCCGCUCUCGCUCGUGCUCUGUUGAUCCGUCUCGGGUUCAAUCUCCCCCUGCACGAGUUCGAGGCAAGUAUCCAAGCAGGGGAUGAGGAACUUGUCGGGGCUGCCGUCGAGGGCAGGCCAGUGGCAGACGAGCCUGGACGUCACCCGCCGCCAACAGGUCGGUCUCGGCCGUCGAAGCGCCCGCGUCAGGAGGUUGGGCAAGCCGAAGUGGAGCCGGAGGAGCCGCCUGGGGCCAGGCCGGGACAACCUGCGAUGGGCCUUCAGAUCCAUCGUUGCUUUCGCAGGCCCACCGAACCCGAUGUGCAGGAGCAGUGGACACUGUCCGAUGUGGAAGCAUUGAAAGACAUGAAAUCACCCAAGCGCAAAGCAGCCUGGACGGUCAUCGCAAAGAAACUUGGGAAGAACGAGGAGUCUGUGAAGCGGAAGUGGGAGGAACUGUGCCGUUCCUGA